AUGAUGACAAUAAAAUGUGUCGUGGUGGGAGACGGAGCAGUCGGUAAGACGUGUCUGCUUAUCUCCUACACCACCAACAAAUUUCCAGAAGAUUACGUCCCGACCGUCUUCGACAACUACGCCGUGACGGUCAUGAUUGGAGACGAGCCAUACACCGUGGGGUUGUUUGAUACAGCAGGCCAAGAAGAUUACGAUAGAUUGAGACCACUCUCGUAUCCUCAAACCGACGUGUUUCUGAUCUGUUUCUCUGUGGUUGUGCCUUCGUCGUUCGAUAACGUGAGAGAAAAAUGGUUCCCUGAAGUCAGCCACCACGCUCCACAAGUUCCGUGUCUGAUCGUUGGUACGCAGAUCGAUCUUCGUAAGGACCCUACAGCGCUCUCCAACCUCAUGAGACAAGGCCAGAAGCCUAUCACGCCACAGCAGGGCGAGAAGCUUGCGAAAGACCUGAAAGCCGUCAAGUACGUCGAAUGCUCUGCCUUGAGCCAGGAGGGGCUCAAGAAUGUUUUUGAUGAGGCAAUCGUGGCCGCCCUUGAGCCUCCGGUCAUCAAGAAGGCCAAGAAGUGCACCAUUCUAUGA